GUGAAAUUCCUGACUGCCAGGGUGAUUCCUACGGUUACCAAGGGCUGCUUCCUACUGUAGCCUACUGUGAGCUCUGGGGCAAGCUGUUUUACAACCUCUGGAUAAAUUAUCAACUACGGGAAUGAUAUCUCCACCGAUAAAGGGUUGAUGUUUCCUCACCGGGCGCCCCCAGGGUCGCUUUCAAGACUGAUUGUCGACAGCUCGCCACCUCUGUCAGCCUCUUGAGCGAGCCAAUUGAUCGCCUCUAGCUCAGCAACACCCCCACUGCGUCUGCCAGCGGUCCAGCCGAGCAGCCUCUGUGUUGCCCCAAGCCCGGCUGCCUGGGUAGGACUGCAUCACCAUGGACACAGAGUCCACGUACUCGGGCUAUUCCUACUACUCCGGACGCUCCCGGGGAUCCCACAGGCAUGGGGAGCGAAGCCGGGACCGCCACAAGUCCCGCAGUAAAGACAGCCGCUCAGAAAAGUCAGUAACAAUUAACACGCCGCCUGCUGAACCUCUGCUGGGUGACUCGGCUGUUCGCGGUGAGCAGGUCCAGGAUGACAACUGGGGCGAGACCACCACGGCCGUCACAGGCACAUCAGAGCACAGCCUCUCUCAGGAGGACAUCGUUCGCAUCACCAAGGACCUGGAGGACAGCGUGGGGCUCGACUGCCGUCGUUACUUUACCCUGACCCUGGCCGUGAUCAUGGGUCUGCUGGUGUUCCUGACGCCGCUGGCCUUCCUGGUGCUCCCCCACCUCCUCUGGCCGGAGAAGCUGCAGAGUUGCGGCACGGCCUGCGAGGGCCUCUUCAUCUCCGUGGCCUUCAAGCUGCUCAUACUGCUGCUGGCCGUGUGGGCGCUCUUCUUCAGGCCGCCACGGGCCGGCCUACCGCGGGUCUUCGUAUUCCGGGCGCUGCUCGCCGUUCUGGUGCUGCUUUUUGUCGUUUCCUAUUGGCUGUUCUACGGAGUCAGAAUACUCGACUCACAGGACGAGAACUACCAGGGCAUCGUGCAGUACGCCGUGUCGCUGGUGGACGCUCUGCUCUUCAUCCACUACCUGGCCAUUGUCCUGCUGGAGCUCCGGCAGCUCCAGCCGUGCUUUUCUGUGUGCGUCACACGCUCCACGGAUGGUGAGAGUAGGCACUACAACUUGGGACACCUAAGGGUAAUGAAGGAACAUGCUAGAGAAGUCUUUCGGGCUAAACUGAAAGCCUACCUUUUGGAUAGUCCGGGAAACAAUGCAGCAGCCGGACUUGCCCACUCCCAGUCCAGAGCCAUGAUUGCAGCAGCUGCCCGCCGCAGAGACACCAGCCACAACGAGCUGUACUACGAGGAUGCUGAGCACGAGAGGCGUGUUCGCAAACGCAGAGCAAGACUGGUGGUGGCAGUCGAGGAGGCGUUCACACACAUCAAGCGCAUGCAGGAAGAGGAGCAGAAGAAGGCGCCAGGGGACGUGAUGGAUCCACGAGAGGCAGCACAAGCCAUCUUCCCAUCCAUGGCUCGUGCCCUGCAGAAGUACCUGAGGACCACUAAGCAGCAGCACUGCCACAGCAUGGAGAGCAUCCAGCAGCACCUGGCCUUCUGCAUCACCAACAACAUGACGCCCAAGGCGUUCCUGGAGAGCUACCUGACCCCGGGUCCCACCCUGCAGUACAGCCGGGACCACUGGCUGGCCCGUCAGUGGACGCUGAUCAGCGAAGCGUCGGUCACCAGCGGACUGAAAGACGGCUCAGUCUUUGUGCUCAAGUGUGUGGACUUCAGCCUGGUGGUGACGUCAAAGAAGAUCCCUUACAUCCAGAUGUCGGAGGAAUACAUCGACCCCAAGUCACACAAGUUUGUCCUGCGGCUACAGUCUGAAACCUCCGUGUAGGACUCCACACUUUUGUUGUUUGUUUUUGUUUGUUUUUUUUAUUUCUCACCCUGUUUCGUUGCUCUCAAGUGUUUUCAUUUUGGGCUUGCAGUUUUUGUUUUUACUUUUUUGGAAUUUUUAUAUAUUAUAUAUGAAUCUAUAUAAAUUACACACGUUUGAAUAUAUUGAUCAUUUUCUGUUUAAAUUGGAUGAAAACAAAAGAAAAAAUUGAGGCCAGAUUUUGUUCACGGCAGUUUGACUCAGUCGCCUCGAACGUGUGUGUGUGUGUGCGUGCGUGCGCGCGUGUGUGUGUGUGUGUGUGUGUGUGUGUGUGUGUGUGUGUGCGUGCGUGCGCGUGUGUGUGUGCGCGUGUGUGUGUGUGUGCGCGUGCGAAUGUGUCAUUUUGUGUCAAAACAAUCACUGGUUCCUUUUCUGUUUGAAAUGCUGUAGCCAAACAAGAUGGGACCAUUUAAUGUUUCUGACAUCCCCUGAGAGACUCGAUCACUCCUUUAUUUCCAUGGGACAGGAAGACAGAGAGAUAAACCACUAAGGACUUCCACGGUGUGACUCUGGAUUUUGAUAAUUGAAGCCUGAUGUCAACACAUGACAAAUAGCCUUUAUGUGUUGCUGUCUCGUCUACAACAUUUCAAUGUAUUUUGACGACUUUUGGACGUCAGCAAACAAAGAAAUGGGUUUCUUUCACUCGAAAACCAAAUUAAAUGCAUUUGACGAAAAGAUGAAACUAAACUUCAGUCAGACUUUGCAUUCAGUGCACAUUUAAAAGAAUAUGCCUGAAAAGGAUGGAACGUAUGAUCUCGGCCUGCUCACAAACGAUGUCGGACUGUUUUCUUCUCGCCACAACCUCCACAUCACUUCUUCAGGACCUCCGUAGAGCUCCAGACAAACGCUUUUCUUGACAGUCGAGAUGUCAAACUCCAGUCCGCCUCAUGUCCAGCUUAAGGCGUACAGUAACCUUGUUGAGUGCUAAUUCCAGCAUCCAAAUUGAACUCUUCUGGUGCACGACUCUUCUCCAGGCUCAAUGAAGCAAAAUCUGUAAUAUUUCCACUCCAGUUGGGAACAACACACACACGCUACGUUAAACACCGGGGUGAACUCAGAAUGAACCGGAUCAUAAGGUGGAUACAUGCCCAAAAACAUUUGCCCUGCCUCAUCGGUUCAAUAACCUUCUCAGGGCUUUCAUGUCUGCCUGACAUGAUGGAAAGGGAAGGCAGCGAGGAGGAGAGACACGAGAUAAAAAGUACUACUGAUUACUCAUAACCAGAAUUCCCCCUUUGUUACAUAGCAGAAAAUCUAAAUAAUAUGUAAAUUCUCAAAUAAAAGCCAGUAUUCAAAUAAGCACGGCCAGAAUUAACAAAUAAAGGUCUGUCGCUAGUAAAGAAAAAAAGGAGGGUGGAAUUACCUGCAGCUCCCUUGGUAAAUUUAAUACACUGUUAAUUUCCACAUCAAUAAUUACAUCAGUACAACAAUCUGCUGCUCUGAGUUUCAAUUUUUAGAGAAACAGAAAUAAUGGUUUCAUGCUCUGUUAAGCUACCGUCAACAAAAACACUUCCUCAUGUUUUUCAUAUUAAAAGUCUACCUCUAAAAAGAAAGCUGCAAGACUUUUAUUUUGGCAUUUUUGCCUUUUAAUCAACAGUGUAGAGGACAGGAAACACAGGGAGGAAGGUUAAAUAUGAUACACAACAAAGGUCCUGUUCUGGAAAAUUCUGGAGGAAGUUUUGAGAUUUAUUAAUGGCUGCUUAACUUCGUUUAGGGGGAAAGCCAAAGUAGCACACCUGAAGAGAGUCUUGCUGUACAGAUAGAUUUAGUGCUUUGGAAAAAAACAUCAAUCUGAAUUUAUCAAGACAACAGAGCAAAUGGUUUUCUCUGCCACCAACCUAAAUAAAGGCCACUAUUGGAGAAUUCACAAUAUUAAAGUAUGAUUUAAUCUUUCAGGGCUCAGUGGGUUUUCUUGUAUCACCAGAAUACGUAAUAGUUGUAUCAAGUCAAUAGUGAGAGCUGCAGCAGGGUGGAACCUCCUUCCCAACUGGACCGUCUGGUUUUCUUUUACUACCUUGUCUCACCUCUGUUGUCUGACAAACAUGCUCACAGUGAAUCCCUUGAGGUCUGCCACUUCAAUGGAAGACGCAGAAGGGAUUUUUCUCAUUCUUUCUCUCAGCCAAUGUAUCAGUUUAUCUUGUAAAGUCAAAGAAAUACAGUUAAAUUAAGCUAAUGUAACUUUUAGAUUCUGUCAACGCUCAAUUACUACUACUGUCCCUGUCAUAACUGAUCCAGUAAAUUUACCAAAGUUGUAAAAAGAGGAUCACACUUAUACUCCGUAUAACUCGCUCAAGAAGAAAAAUAUGCUGUACUAAAAAUGGCUAUGAGCAGGGUUGUCCUCUACUGCCCCCUGGCUGGUAAACCUAAUAUUUUCAGUUUGUCUGCCUGAGGGCAGCAGCAACAUGUUUCCAUAUGAAUAAAGAUACUGGUUAUUUUAGCAAAAACAGUAUUUCACUGUAAACCUUUCACUAUUAAACUACCUGGAAAGCACUCAUAAAAACAUGUUUGCUGUUUCCUGCGUAAUGCAUUAACGGCAAAUAUCUUUUUUUAAACGCCUGGUCACAUUUUGUACCAAUUGACAAAUGAACUUUGUAUGAUCCCAAUGUGACUGUGCCUCCUGUUUUUACACUGUAUCUAUUUAUGUAAACAAGCAUGUGUGUAUGUAAGUAUGUAUGUAUGCCAUUCCAGUUCACAUGACCAGCCUUUGCCCCUGUCCUCUACAUCACCACCAUCCGUCACGCUGCUGCCAGAUUACAUUCUUUCUUUCAUGGUUUGGUUUUUGUUGGACAGCUUUAUGAUGAUGACGUGACAUUGCAACGUAAGACAUGUUUCAGUUUUGCAGCAUUAGCAUUUACAAAAAAAUAAACAUUUUUAUGAACAUUUGUAAAA